AUGAAAGCUCGCGCCGCCCUUCGAUCCGCGCAAUCGUCUAUCAUGUCUGCCAUUACUGCGGAUUGCAAGCAUCUCCGUCCGCGGCGCUUCGCGGCUCUCGAUCCGGCGCGAAAGUCGGAUGCGCCGCCACUCAAGGGCAUUGUGUUUGAUGUGGAUGGAACCUUGUGCCUCCCACAACACCAUAUGUUCACUGAAAUGAGAGAAGUCCUAGGGAUCGACAAGUCAAUCGAUAUCCUCCACCACAUUCAGGACCUCCCAACAUCCGAAGAGCGCUCCGCGGCCGUGAAGAAGGUCCAGGCCGUUGAGCGACGCGCCAUGCUCGACCAACAGCCACAGCCCGGGCUAUCUCGAUUGAUGGAGUAUCUGCAAUCGCGCGGAGUGCGUCGAGCCCUCUGCACCCGAAACUUUGAAGCCCCGGUGCAGUAUCUCAUCCAGAAUCAUAUGCCUAGCCAUGUCUUUCUCCCCAUUAUCACUCGGGACACACCCAAUCUGCUACCCAAACCUGAUCCUGCAGGUAUCCUGCAUAUUGCUGGGGAAUGGGGUCUGACGAAUAGGGCGGAGAGCUUGAUUAUGGUUGGAGACAGCAUCGACGAUAUGACGGCCGGCCACACGGCCGGUGCGGCAACUGUGUUGCUGGUGAACGAGCGCAAUGACCAUUUGCGUGAGCAUGCGCAUACGGAUCUUUGCAUCAGCCGUCUUGAUGAUUUGGUUGAGAUCCUUGAGCAGGGAUUUGCUGGAACUCGCGAAAAUGAUGAGCAUCAAGGGUGA